AGGUGAAUACACUCUUGUUGCUAUGCUCAUAGAACUGUGCAGGUCAGAUAUUCUUCUGUGUAUAAAUCACACCAAUUUUUAAAUUAGCCACUUCCAGAAAGAGGAACUUUUAACAGCAGAACUGAUCAGCUAAGUUUCACUGCUGCUUUGAAAGGGGAUUUCUUAAAGAGAUAAAUGAUGCAUUCAGCAUUGGCUUUGUCACUCCUGCUAAUCGCAGUUUCUUCCAACCUCGCGAUGGCAAUCAAAAAGGAAAAAAGAGCUCCCCAGACGCUGUCAAGAGGCUGGGGAGAUGAUAUUACUUGGGUGCAAACCUACGAAGAAGGGCUUUUUCAAGCAAGAAAAAGUAACAAACCACUGAUGGUCAUUCAUCAUCUGGAGGAUUGUCAAUACUGCCAAGCACUGAAGAAGGUUUUUGCAGAAAAUGAGGAAAUACAAGAAAUGGCUCAAAAUAACUUCAUCAUGCUAAAUCUCAUGCAUGAAACCACAGAUAAGAACUUGUCACCUGAUGGACAAUAUGUACCUCGAAUCAUGUUUAUAGACCCCUCUCUCACAGUAAGAGCUGAUAUCACUGGAAGAUAUUCUAAUCGACUCUAUACUUACGAACCACAAGACAUACCAUUCUUGAUAGAGAACAUGAAGAAAGCAUUACGCCUCAUUCAGACUGAACUGUAA